AUGGCCGCGUACGUCGACGAUAUGCUCGUCAAGAGCCGGGAGGAGGACAAGCAUGCGGAGGACUUGGCCGACUGCUUCAAGGUAAUGAUAAAGUACAACAUUCGGCUGAACCCCAAAAAGUGUGCGUUCGCCGUCCAAGGUGGAAAAUUCUUGGGCUACAUGGUCACCAAACGAGGCAUUGAGCCUAAUCCGGAGAAAGUACAGGCCAUCAUCGACAUGCAGCCUCCUACCACCGUCAAGGACCUACAACGAUUGACUGGUCGGUGGGCGAGCCCUUAUUCCUGUAUCUCGCCGCCUCGGCCAAAGCCAGUGAGUUCGGUAUUGGUCCGAGAGGAGGACCGAGUCCAGCACCCGGUUUAUUACGUAAGUCGCUCGCUGAAGGCCGCUGAGACGCGGUACACCGCUCUGGAAAAGAUUGUGUAUGCAUUGGUAGUCACCGUGCGCAAGCUGGCGCCUUAUUUCCAAGCCCAUACCGUCCGAGUCCUGACAGACCAGCCGCUCGGGAGUGUGCUAAGAAACCCCUUGUCCUCCGGCCGACUUGUAAAAUGGGCCGUAGAGUUGACUCAGUAUGGGAUUGAAUACCAACCCCGGCCUUCCAUUAAAGGUCAAGCCUUGGCCGACUUCCUGGUCGAAUGUACAGCAAGUAAGGAAGAAAAGGAACGCGCCCCGGAGAGCUGCCCGGGCGAGUGGUGGGAAAUGCACGCGGAUGGAGCAUCGAGUCGACAGCACUGUGGAGGCAGUGUCAUGCUCAUCACUCCGGAAGGAUUCCGGCUAUAUUACGCUCUGAGAUACUUGUUCUCGACAUCAAAUAACGAGGCCGAGUAUGAAGCAGUAUUAAACGACCUCCGACUCGCCAAGGCCCUGGGAGUCGAGCGGCUGCGAAUCAAGACUGACUCCAAACUGGUAGUCGGACAGAUCUCGGGUACGUGUGAGACUAAGAAUGCAAGGAUGGUAUUAUACAAAGAGCGCGCAGUUGAAAUGUUAAAAGAGUUCGGGGCUUACGAGAUAGAGUACAUCUCCCGAGCGGACAACGUGGAAGCCGACAUAUUGUCCAAAAUUGCCCUGGAAGGGGUACCGGACCACCUGAUAAGAAUUUGCCGGAAGGAGGAGUUAAAUCGGCCGAGUGUUGAAGAGACACCACUGGAAGUCCAGCAAGUAAAUAUCGAGGAAUGGGAUCGGGAGAAAAACCCUGAGAUGUUUUGGAUGGAAGACAUCCGGCGAUUCAAGGAGACGGGCGAGUUACCAAGUGACCAAGGAAUCGCCGCUAAAGAAAGACACCCGGCCGGCCACCUUUUAUACACCGGUCACCACUGCCAUCCCCUUCGCCAAGUGGGGAAUAGACUUGUUGGGACCAUUGCCCGUCGCCCCGGGAGGUCUGAAGUUUUGCGUCGUGGCUAUCGACUACUUCACCAAAUGGGUCGAGGCAGAACCAUUGGCUACCAUCACCGAGUACCAAUGUCGACGUUUUCUGUGGAAAAGGGUGAUCUGUCGCUUCGGCCUGCCCGAGCAUAUCGUCAGUGA